CUCCGGCCACAUCCGGUUAACUCCAGCUAGCUUCAGAAACAUCACGAUGGCAGCGGAGUCAGAGGUUCAGUCUGAGAUCGAGGUGCUCCAGUCCAUCUAUCUGGAGGAGCUGCAGGUGGACAGGACAGAUGACGGGGGCUGGGAGGUGAGUCUGGUUCUGUACCCAUCCACGGCGGAAGACUUAGUCUCUCAGUUUGUUCGACUCACUCUUACUCUGACCCUGGAUCGGCAGGUAUUUCCAACCAAAACAUUUUUUCUGCUCAGCGUCCAGAAGUGUCUUCAGGCGGAGGCUCGGUCGUGGCUCGGAUCUCCAGUGCUUUAUCAGCUCAUUGAGAAAGCUAAAGAAAUCCUUACUGAAAGCAAUAUUCCUCAUGGAAACUGUGUCAUCUGCCUUUAUGGGUUUAAGGAAGGAGAGACCUUCACCAAGACAAGCUGCUACCACUACUUCCACUCGCACUGCCUCGGCCGCUACGUCAGGCACUCUGAGCGGGAGCUCCGCCAGAGGGAGAAGGAGCUGCAGGAGGAUAAAACUAGAGAAACAAGCAGCUGCCAGGAGCUGACGGUGGUGUGCCCGGUCUGCAGAGAGCCCCUCGCGUACGACGUCAACCAGCUUUUAUCGUCUCCGGCGCCGGAGCUGCCCGAGCUUGAUCAGGCGGCCAUCGGCUCAGACUUUCAGAGGAAGUGGGCGGAGCUCCAGAAGCUUUUGGAGAAGCAGAGGUGUAACGGCGGCGUCAUCGACCCUGAGGAGGAAUCCAACCGCUUCCUGAUCCACAUCCAGGAGGUCCCUCCUGUGGCUGAGAUCGGGAACCCUGAGGUCGAUGGGGUAGUCGGGCCCCCAGUUUCCUCUUCUGCGUAUGCAUCUGGCGUCCGAACAGAACAUCCUGUCCCCGAACCUUCGCAGUUUAGAGGCCUUCCUUCUCAGCGGCGUCAGAACCAGGCGAGGGGACCGAGAAGAGGAGGGAGGCCCAAACCCCAUCCUGGGCGAAGUGCCCCCAUCACGGAGCAGCUGGGGCAUCUCUCUCUGUCACCAGACUGCGCCGAUCGAUCAAAGACCAUCAAAGUUCUGGAAGACUGUGGUCGACCCAUGCAAAGAGGCCCAGAGUCCUUCCAGCCGAGGACGGGUCCGGAACCAGAGAAGCAGGUUUCCCCCAAUCACCUGUCAGCUGCUGAAACCGAAGGCCCAAACGAUGGAGGCGGUAGGGGCCACCGAGGGAGAAGAAGGGGCCCCUACCGGCCCUCCUCUGGACCUCCACAGCAGCACUGGGACAGCCGACCCAGAAGUCGAGGAGGGGGGCCACGGCGGGGCCACUACAACAGGGGCCUCCAGCAGAAGGUGGUGGAGAGAGGAAGAGAGGAGGUGGUAUGACAAAGGGCGCCAGGCGGGUGGAGGAGCCCCCGGUGUGCCUCCACCAUCAGGUCCCACCCUUUCCACAGAAAUGACUCUCAGCGCCGUCAGUCACCCUCCCGCUGGCCGCCGCCAUCCCGCCGCCUCAAAAGCGCCUUCAUGCUCGCUCCGCCUCUGUCCCACUGGUUGCUGCUUUGUGAUGUGAUGAACUAUAAAUUAAAUUUUCUCUGGAUGUCAGAACCUUGUAGUCUCCCUCUGUGGUUCCACUUUGCUCCAUUUAUAUUACAUUUUAUCCGUAAACUUUAUAAUUUACACAGAACUUCAAGAAUUAGAUCCAGUGAAAUAAAUGGACCUCGUUUCUGUUGCCUAAAAACUCGUAGUAAAUGAUGUCGUAUUGAUGUUAUAACUUAGAAACCAGGAAUAUUUAUUACAAUAGUUAAAGGUUUUUAGCUAUUAAUUAUUUAUACGGCACUUUGAAUGGUUAAUCUGUAAUUGGGUCAAAGCAAAGAUGCAGUUUGGGUGAAGAAAAUAUCGACCUAUACGUCCUCAGGAAGCAGGCAGAUACCUCUGGAGAGCGGGAAACGGAUCGGCACGUCUAAGCUGAGGCGUCCCAGUCUUCUACGUUGUUAACCUGCACUGAGGAACUUAAUGGUUGUUCUGGUUCUGUAGAUUUAUUAGCGUUUUGUUUUAAUUAUGUGCAAUAAAACAUUUGGAU